UUGUACAUCCUUAUUUGAUAAAUGAUCAUCUCUCCUGAUAAGAUAUAGAUUCUUUCCUAAAAAAAUUUUUGCAUAGUUAAUCAGUUUGUGUUAUUAAAGCGAAGGUUCCGAUUGCAAAUGUUGCUGUAUAAUAUCAGGUAAGUGACGGUCUGGAACGCCUGAACCCCUUCAGAUGGCAGAGUGAGACGCAGUGGAAGGAAAGUUCACGUCAUUCGUGGACUUUAGAGGACACUGCUGCUUCCAAAGCUUAUUUAAGCUGUCAAAUCUGCUAUUGUGCUUUUGCUAGAAGAACCUGCCCUUUUUCCGACCCAUGCUCCAAACAUGACAGGCAUGUCCCCAGUCUGGUCUGACCACUUGCUGGAAGAGGUUCCUCCACCUCCAAACGCUGCAGAGCUCAGUCACAAAGACUCCAUCUCAUAUGUCAGCGCAACUACUCCAACAAGCAGACAAAAGAAUGCUUUUAGCCUUAUCUUAACGUCACACCAAAAUCUAUUUUCCUACUAGUGCUUCCUUGUUUGGAUUUUUUUGAAAAAGGGACUUGCACACAAGGAAAUCAGAAAACGCAGAUCAAUCCAGUCGUGUGCAGGAACAUCGGAGCUCUCAACAUGUACGCACCACCGCCACCACAGCCUCAAGGGAUCAUGGAUGCCACAAUUCAGGACGAGAGGAGGAUUGUUCUGGUUGGAAAGACAGGAGUGGGAAAGAGUGCCUCUGGGAACACUAUCCUGGGGAGGGAAGCUUUUGAGUCGGAGCUGUCUCCGUCCUCACUCACGGCCGACUGUAAUAAAGCCAGAGGAUUCAUUGCUGGUCGGAAAGUGGCCAUCGUAGACACUCCAGGACUGUUUGACACUAAUUUCACCCAGGAGGAAGUGCUGAAAAAGAUCAAGAUGUGCAUCUCUCUGUCUGCUCCUGGACCCCACGUCUUCCUGGUGGUUCUGCAGCUUGGCAGGUUUACCAAGGAGGAGCAGGAAACUGUUCAGAUGAUCCAGACCACUUUUGGUAAAGAUGCAGAUAAAUAUACCAUGGUGCUGUUCACACAUGGCGAUCAGCUGAAGAGCCAAACCAUUGAGGAAUUUGUUUCAUACAGCCCUGAGCUGGUUGCCAUCGUACAGCGUUGCUUCAACAGGUACCACGUGUUCAACAAUGAGAUCAAAGAUCCCGUUCAAAUCAGUCAACUUCUAGACAAAAUUGACAUGAUAACCAGGCAAAAUGGGGGAGGUUUCUACACCAAUGAGAUGUUCCAGAAGGCAGAGGAAGAAAUUCAGUUGCAGAAGAAGCAACAUUCUGAGGAAACGAAAAUAGAAAGACAGAGGGAGCUGGACCGAAUCCGUACCAGAUACUCCGGAACCACGCGCACCAGGUUAGAGUCUGAGGUGUACGGCAAAUACGAGUGCGAGGCCCGACAACGAGCCGAGAGGUCCAACCGCUUCCUCGCCAAAGAAUCAAUUGCUGUAUCUACUAACUCUGGGGCAGCCAUUGGAUGUGUGAUGGGGAUUGUUGGAGGUCCAGUUGGUAUGGCAUUGGGAGCUGCUGCUGGCGCUGCUGCUGGCGCUGCUAUAGGAGCUUUGGUUGUGCGAUAUCCAGAUCGUUGUCGUAUACAGUAGGGACAACAUGCCUCAGAUCGGUGAAGGAUAAAGUUUGCCGUUUUUACAACUCUACUGAUUGCAUGCACCUUUUUAUUUUACUGAUAGAUUAUUUUAUUUGAUUUGAUGUUUGUAAUGCUUCUUUAGGAUUUUCAAAAUAACUUUUCACUAUUUUUUUGCCCCGACCCACAUUGUAACCCAUCUGUAAUCCUGCAUUCACACCGGCCGCUCAUGAUGCGUCUAAGAACACGUUAUAUGCGGUUUCAUGAACGCGCAUUGAAGUUGUGGUGUUCACACUGGACAUGCAGUAAGCGACAGAGAGGGGGAUUCUUCUUGUUUUGUUUUUUUUACUGUUUACUAGCGCUUGUCCACCCGAGUCCCUGAUUGGUCACAGUGGCGCGUUCCAGCGAUUAAGGGUGAAGAAGUUCAACCAAACUUUCAGCACGCGAUCAAUCAACGCCUGAUUUGUUUGCAGAGCUUGUGACCAGACUUAAAAACGUACGUAGCAAUGCACAAUCAUGAACGUUCCGGAUGUGGAAGCCUGAAAUUCUGAAAGCCUACUUUUAAUUGGAAUUGACCACUUAAAGGCGAGUCAACACAGCCAGUGUGAAUGCAGACUGAGGCACAAAAGGUUCUCCUUGGGUUUUCUUUCUUUGUAUAAAAAUCUUCUGUAUCUUUGAUUGCAAAUAUGGAAAAGAAACCUACAUACUACAAUAAUCAAUGUGUUUUGGUUGACUUUUGACUCAAAUAUGGAUAUGGUCAACAAUGAUUUAAUUGUGAGGGUUUGUUUUUUAUUUCUCUGAAGUUCCCUCGUCUUCUGUAAAAUAACUCCUAAUAAAGCUAAUGCAUAAAAUGGCC